UUUGCAUUUUUUAGCAUUUAAGAGUUUGUAUUGACAGUUUUGGUGAAGUGGGUUGUUGUUAUUAGAUCGAUAAUUAAGCAGGAGGGGAUUGAUUGUAACUCUAGAGAUUGUUUGGUUAAUUGGGUUCGGUUUUUCUUGGUGAAUUUUUUGGCACAUUUUUUCAAAAAUUAGAUUGACAUUGCCAGAUUUGUUUUGAGCUGAUUUUGUUAAAGUGUUUGGAGUUUUGGAGGUGAAUUUAGUGCAUUUUUUGUUAUUAGAUUGGCAUUACGAGAUUUGUGUAGUGAGGAGAAGUUUCUGGUGUUUUCUGAUUUUGUUGGUUGUUCCAAGUUUGGAGGUGAAUUUGGUGCAUUUGUAUUAGAUUGGCGUUACUAGAUUCGUGUAGUGACAAGUUUCUGGUGUUUUGAGCUGAUUUUGUUUAAGUGUUUGAAAUUUGGAGGUGAAUUUGGUGCAUUUUCUAUUAGAUUGGCAUUGCCAGAUUUGGUGUAGUAAGAAGAUUCUGUGUUUUUGGGCUGAUUUUGUUGAAGUGCUUCCAAAUUUGCAGGUGAAUUUGGUGAAAUUUUUAUUAGAUUGGCAUUACUAGAUUCGUUUAGUGCGGAGAAGUUUCUGGUGUUUUGAGUUUAUGUUGUUGAAGUGUUUGAAAUUUUGGAGGUGAAUUUGGUGCAUCUUUUAUUAGAUUGGCAUUACAAGUUCUGGAGUUUCUUAGCUGAUUUUCUUGAAGGGUUCCAAAUUUGGAGGUGAAAUUUAGUGAAAAGAUUCAAACUUUAAGAAGAUAAGUGAAACUUUUUUGAUGUGGAUGAGUGGAGGGGGCAAUGAGAGGUGAAGUUUUAGUAUUGAGGGGACAACAAUGACUACAGGGUCAUUGGGUCUUCGUUCUUCAGGAAGUUAUGGUUCUUUGCAACAACAACUAUUUCAGAAUAGUUCAUCACCAAUCCAAACAACACCCCCUAUUCCAAGAAAGCCCCCAAAAUUGUUUAAGGAGAAAGAGGGAUUGUUUCUCUGGAUCUGCAAAUUCGCCCCUCGAAAGAAUGUUGGGAUGUUGCUACUCUGUGUUGUUUCUGCUGCAGCUUUUCUGUGGGUCUUGUAUGUUGGCAAAGGUGAAGUUGCAGCAGAACAAAGUAAUAGGAUGUUUGCUCCAGAAACUGUACAUAAAUAUACUUUUAGGGGUAUUGAGUCUAUACAAAAAAAUAAUGUUGGCCAAAGUGCGUCAACCGUCCAACCUCCUCCUCCCCCUCUUCCUCCUGUAUAUUUCAAAGGAUACACUCUUCCCCCUGGAAAUCCAUGUGAAGGCUUCACAUUGCCGCCCCCGCCAGCAGAUAAAAAGAGGACUGGACCACGGCCAUGUCCGGUAUGCUACCUUCCUGUUGAACAAGCUAUUGCAUUAAUGCCUGAUGCACCAUCCUUUUCUCCUGGUGUUAGCAAUUUGACUUACAUCCAUGAAGAAAAUCAGAGUAAAACCGAGUUUGGAGGUUCAGAUUUUGGUGGAUAUCCUUCAUUGAUUCAGAGGAAUGAUUCGUAUGACAUAAGAGAGUCAAUGAGUGUGCAUUGUGGUUUUGUCAGAGGAAUCAGGCCUGGACAUCAGACAGGUUUUGACAUUGAUGAUUCUGACCUUCUUGAGAUGGAGUCUUGUCAAGGUGUCGUGGUGGCAUCGGCAAUAUUUGGGGCUUUUGAUUUGAUACGGCAACCAAAGAAUACCAGUGACUAUGCAAAGAAAAAUGUCUGCUUCUAUAUGUUCGUGGAUGAGCAAACAGAAGCAUUUUUGAGAAAUUCAAGUGAGCUGAAUAGUAGCAUGAGAAUUGGUUUAUGGAGAAUUGUUGUUGUUCAUAACCUACCUUAUGACGAUCCGAGGCGAAAUGGGAAGGUCCCAAAGCUUCUACUCCACAGGCUUUUUCCUAAUGCUCGUUAUUCUCUAUGGAUUGAUGGAAAACUUGAGCUUGUCGUGGACCCAUAUCAAAUACUUGAAAGGUUCUUGUGGAGAAAAAAUGCAAGCUUUGCAAUAUCAAGGCACUACAAGCGUUUUGAUGUUUUUGUAGAAGCAGAAGCGAAUAAGGCAGCUGCAAAGUUUGAUAAUGCUUCCAUCGAUUUCCAGGUUGACUUCUAUAAAAAGGAAGGACUAACUCCGUAUUCCCGGGCUAAACUUCCUAUUACAAGUGAUGUCCCUGAGGGAUGUGUAAUAAUAAGGGAGCACAUUCCGAUCUCCAAUCUCUUUACUUGUCUUUGGUUUAAUGAAGUGGACCGUUUUACUCCAAGAGACCAAAUAAGCUUUGCCAUUGUAAGAGAUAAGAUCAUGUCAAAGACAAAUUGGACUGUGACUAUGUUCUUAGACUGCGAACGGCGUAACUUUGUGAUUCAGGGGUAUCACAGAGACAUUCUUGGUCGCCUGACUCCACCUCGUGCAAGUAUAAUUGUUCAUCCUCCACCUCCUGUAAUUCUUGAAACCCAGCAUACCUCACCAUUUGUUCCAACAUCAACCGUCAUAACCACUCCAAUCAAGAAGAUUCCCACGAAGCGUGGGAGAGAGAGGAAAUCCAGGCGUCAUAGAAAAGUCAUUGCUGGAAAUAAAGAUCCUAAUUUCAAUUAAAAUUUUUGAUAUGAGCUCAAAUUUUAUUUUUUUCCUUCCCUGUUUUCAGUAUAUCAAAUCACGGGGUUAGGAACUAUGAAAGAUGAAUGUUAUAGCUGUUGUUUCCAAAAAAAAGAAAAGGUCAGUAUUUAAGUUCUUCAUAAGAUUCUUUAGAAAGUGUCAAUUUUGUCUAAUUUUUUGUUGUAUAUAUUGGAGUCUUGGUAUGUAUUGUCAUAGCAAUUUCACACUUCAAAUUUCCUUCUCUAAUCACUAGCUUCAUGUACUAUUUCUUCUCAUAGAAAUGUUGAUUCUGAAGCAAAGAUGAAAUUCAAUUUCCUUUAUACUGA